UUUCGAACAUGGCGUCUGAAGUAGAGGCGGGUACCUCUGUAGCAACAGAACAAGAGACAGAAGGAGGGGAAUCUUCCUUUGGGGAGCUGCCUACAAGCAUGGAUACAGAGUCAUCAAAUGGCAAGGAGGGAAUGGAGGCUACUGGUGACGGCUCAGAAGUUGCUGAUGCUCUCACUGGAUCUGGAGAUGAGGAGAGUGGGAGGCAGCUUGGGGAAGUGGAGCUACAGUGUGCUCUGUGCAUGAAGUGGUUCACUGCAGACACGUUUGGCAUUGAUACUGCGACUUGUCUCCCGUUCAUGACCAAUUAUGUGUUUCAUUGUAAUGUCUGCCAUCACAGCGGGAAUACGUACUUCCUCAGAAAGCAAGCAAAUCUGAAGGAAAUGUGCCUCACAGCCUUGGCAAACCUUACAUCACGGUCCAGAACACAGGAUGAACACCCCAAGACCAUGUUCUCCAAAGACAAGGAUAUCAUACCAUUCAUUGACAAGUAUUGGGAGUGCCUGACAACUCGUCAGAGACCGGGGAAGCUCACCUGGCCCAACAACAUAGUGAAAACCAUGAGCAAAGAGCGAGAUGUUUUCCUUAUGAAGGAACACCCUGAUCCUGGCAGUAAAGAUCCUGAGGAAGAGUACCCAAAAUUUGGCCUUUUGGACCAGGAUCUGGGAAACAUAGGGCCUUCAUAUGACACUCAGAAACAAACCACUGGAACUCCCACAACUGCUGGGCUCAAUGGUGGAUCUACUUUCUCAGGUGCUCUGGCCCCUGGCCCAGGGAAAGGACGAGGAGCCAAACGUAAGCAGCAGCAGCAACAGGAAGGUACAGCUGCAGGAGCAACAAAGAGAACCAGGAGUGAUCCUCUCUUCUCGGCGCAGCGGCUCCCCCCCCACGGUUACCCUCUGGAGCAUCCAUUCAAUAAAGAUGGGUAUCGGUACAUCUUGGCAGAACCAGAUCCUCAUGCUCCAGACCCAGAGAAACUGGAGCUAGAUUGUUGGGCAGGCAAACCCAUUCCUGGUGACCUGUACCGGGCCUGCCUGUAUGAGAGGGUGCUUCUAGCCUUACAUGACAGAGCACCUCAGUUGAAGAUCUCAGAUGACCGCCUGACAGUGACGGGAGAGAAAGGGUAUUCCAUGGUCCGAGCCUCUCAUGGUGUGCGGAAAGGCUCCUGGUAUUUUGAGGUUUCAGUGGAUGACAUGCCUCCAGAGACUGCAGCUAGGCUCGGCUGGUCUCAGCCACUUGGUAACCUACAGGCACCUCUGGGCUACGACAAGUUCAGCUACUCAUGGCGCAGCAAAAAGGGCACCCGUUUUCACCAAUCAAUAGGCAAACAUUACUCCUCAGGCUAUGGCCAGGGGGACACGCUGGGUUUCUUCAUAGAGCUCCCUGACGGCACAGAGACAGCCAAGGCUCUACCUGACACAUACAAGGACAAGGUAGAUGCUUUAAGAACCAACUCUGCUAAACUAGCUGCACAAAACUUCAUCACGAACACAACAGACCUCAAAUAA